ACAGAACAGAAAACAAAAUUUGUAACGGCUCGCUUGUUAACUGUUGCGUUUGUGAAUUACGAUAAUGAAAGAAUAAUUUUGUGUUUAAUUUUUGUUUAACUUUUUGUGAAUAAAAGUUACAUAGUUUAAAAUCUGUGCUGAUUAAUAAGAAUCAUGGGUAUCCCUGGAUUAGCGUCAUACAUUAAACAAAGAUCAGAAACUUUUUCAAAAAGAAUUGAAUUGCAUGAUACCAAAUUAGUUAUUGAUGGAUAUUGUAUUGCUUGUGAACUGUACGUUUCAAACAAAUGUAAUUAUUGUUUUGGAGGUGACUAUGGAGAAUAUGCAUAUUAUGUAUCAGAAUUCUUAGACGAGUUAUUAAAAUGUAAAAUAACUCCUUUGGUAAUAUAUGAUGGUGGUUUAGAAAGCAAAAAAUUAAAGACCAUAUUAAAGCGUUCAAAAGAAAAACUUCUAUUAGCAUCAUAUUCUACACCUACUAACGAGCAAAAAAUAAUUCCUCUUUUGAUAUUCGAUAUUUUCAGAUAUAUUGUACAACGUAAAAAUAUCACAAUAGUUCAAUCAUUAUUUGAAGCAGAUAAUCAUAUUGGUUCUAUAGCUAGGAUCUUACAUUACCCAGUAUUAAGUAAUGACUCAGAUUUUUUUAUUUUUGAUGUUAAGUAUAUUCCCUAUAGUUCAUUAGAAAAUGGAAUCUUUAUAAAUUCUAGUGGUAAUGGAUAUGUCAAGUACUGCAGAGUAUUUACAAAUGAUAAUUUUAUAAAGAAUUUUCAUGGUAUGAAUAAAACCAGCUUACCAUUAGCAGCAGCUCUUUUGGGAAAUGAUUAUAUUGAUAGUAAUUUGUUUGAACAUUUUUUCUCCUCUAUUUCUAUUUCUGAUGUCUUCAAAGAAAGUGAUCUCAAAAACAAGUUACAUUAUAGAAUAGAAAUGCUAUUCCGAUGGCUCCAACAUCAUUCAUUAGAUUAUGCUUUGACAAUUAUAUUGGACAAAUUAGAUAUCGAAAAACGCGAAUCAAUUGUUGAAAUGAUUGAAAUGAUUAUUAAUGGGUACUUGGUACUAUCAUCAGAAAUGCUCAAACCUCUAGGAUACACAUCUGAAGAGAUAAAUGAAUUAACAGAAUCCUUAGAAUGUAAAUAUUAUAAAUUUGAUCGAGCUAAAUGUUUAGAGUUAUCAGAAAAAAAGGAAUUUGAUUGUGAAAUUCUUUCAACUUUACUUUCUGAUGAUAUAACGAAUACAUUGUUUAUUAAUGAAUGCAGUAUUAUAAAGUCAAAUGUUAACACUCAAGUCAAUGAAUCAAUUCCUUCAUGGUUCUUAAAAGAAUAUAAUGCUGCAAAAUUUCCUGGAUAUUUCAUGGAUAUGUUACAUCAACAACUUAUAGUUUGUUCAGUGCAAAUGGAAAAUUAUCAAUAUCCAGCUUGCAUUGUUAUUAGUUUGAAUAUAAUCAGAGUUAUCUUUAGACUGCUAAGUAAUGGAACUAAUAACUCCAAAAUGUUGCAGUAUAUUGCAAGAGGAAAGGGAGCAAAUAUAAAAACAUAUGAAUUGGAUUGUAAUGAUGAUAAUUUUUUUAGAAAUCUAAAACUUCCUACUCUUGAUAAACUUAUAGAAUUAUCAAAACUAGACAGAAAGAAAAUUUUUAUUUCAACACUUGAUGUUUCUGAUGAAUUCAUAAUGAAAUUUCCACCUACUUGGAGAUUGUAUGUGGCAAUAAUAACAUAUUGGUCUAAAAAAGCUGAUAACAUUUUUGUCACUAAAUGGCAUGUAUAUUCUUUGGUAUUAAUGAUGAUCUAUCAUGUUGUUAAAAAAGUAAUUCAAUUUGGAUCAUACUUCAAUAUAAAUCCUGGUGAUGUAAUCAUUAAAAAUAUAAUAAAUGAAAACAAAGUCCAAGUCCAACUGUUAGUUGAUAUGCCAGUGAAAAAUGCUCUUGAAAAAUUACAAAAAGCUGAUUGUAUAAAGACUCAGGAAUUUUUUACAUCAAUCAAGAAUAAAAAUCAAGAAAAUUUUAACAUAACAAUUGUUCAUGCAUUUUCAUUAUUACAAAAUAGCUUGAAAUAUGGUAUACAUUUGAAUACAUUACUUGGCUACCCAUAUCCAAAUUUGGACAUAGCUGAAUUUUUUAGCGGUACUAUGAUCUACAAUUUCUACAAAGAUCUUAGACCAUACAAUCAUUUGAAUGAGAGAAUAAAGAUCAUAUUUGCAAAUUCACCAAGUAUUUUACAGUUGUUUAUUUCUAUAUCAACUACAUUUCAAACUCUAGUUACAAAAUAGCUUAGAUUAGAAAUAUUAAAGUAAAUUUAAUGCUUUUUGGUACAAAAAUAUUAACCAUUUUUUAUGUUUUUGACAAUGUUAAUUAUUUAACGUGAUUUUUACUUGACUGAUUAAGGACUAUACAAAAACUAGAUUGUCUUUUGUCUUUUCUCAUUUAUAAUUAUGUAUAAAAAAUUAUUUAAACAAAUUAUAUUGAAAAUUAUUACUUUGAAAAAUUGAGUGCAACAAUCGAUUUUACGGAAAAAAAUCGCGUCUAUAUAACAAUUUUUUGUUAGAGCUCAAUUUGUUAUCAUAAAUGACAAAAGAAAUUUAUAUUUUAUAUCUUGGCUAUAUAAUGGUUUUGCUAUCUAAUUAGUUUGUUGCUAUUAAAUCUAAUUUUUGCAUAGACCUUAAGGAACCUUUGUAUUUUUUAUUUAUAAUAGUAAGUGCCCUAUUUUUAAUUGUAAAUUAAAGUUUG